AUGGACGUGAGAGCUUGUGCAAACCUAAUAGUUUGUGCAGAAAUUCAAUUCCUUUGGGUGAGGCUAGUUCUGCCCCGAGGUCGUCGGAUAAGCUCCAAGGUCGGCUUUUCCUCAAAGACAAGGAUGGCUCGGAGCGCAGAAAAAGCAAUGACUGCUUUGGCUCGUUGGCGAGCAGCCUAUGUUGAUAAGAUCAAUGAAAUUAAAAAGCGCCCCCACUUUGCUGGUGAUUGUGAAAUACUCAAGGAUGCUAUGUACUUCCGGCGUCAAGUAGUUCACGAGAUAUCGCGUAAAAUAGCUCAAAUCCAGAAUCCCAGCCUUGGCGAGUACAAAUUACGCGAUCUGAAUGACGAAAUCAACAAGCUUAUCCGUGAGAAAGAUCGAUGGGAUGUGCGAAUCAAGGAGCUUGGUGGACCGGACUAUCGAGAAGAUGGACCAAAGCUUUUGGAAAAAGAUGGGAAGGAGGUUCCAGGCAACCGAGGUUAUCGAUAUUUUGGGGCUGCACGCGAUUUGCCCGGUGUUAGAGAGCUAUUUGAGGACCAACCUCAACCGAUACCCAGAAAAACGCGGGGUGAGUUGAUGAAAUCCGUCGAUAUCUCAUACUAUGGUAACUGCGACGAAGACGAUGGGGUUAUUCUCCCUGUGGAAACUGCCUACGAGGAAAAGUUAAUGGCAAAGAAGGCGGAGGUGUGGCGCCGUCGCCAUGCGGACGAAGUGGCCGGCCGCAAAGCCGCCUAUUACAAAACUCCCGAGCAGCUGGCCGAGGAGGCGGAGGUGGAUGAAGACAAUCCCGAUGAUAAGGAUAUUUACGAUACUGGCGACAAUCCCGCAGACACCGAGUUAUUAAAGCUCUACGCGACUGCAGAACGCGACUCCGAGACAAAACGCCUACUUGAAUCGGAGGGCACAGUGCACGCCUCGUUGGCUAUGGCCCUCUCCUCCACUGACGUAGAUGCGAUCGAAGCGGAGCGCGAACUCACGCUAGAUGAACUGCUGGCGAAAACUGGCGCCCGUCCUCCCGGUCACCUUAAACGCGCUUUUGUGGCCCACGCUUCCAUACCGAGCCAGAAAGAGGUUGAAGAGGCGUUGGUGGAGAAGAGGAAGCGUGAAUUGCUGGAGCAGUACAUGACCCCCGAGUUUAUUGAGAGCAUUCAGGACACUGGAAAACUGUUGGGUGUGGACAAGACGAAAAGUGACGAAGUAGAAGUGGAGGCAGAGGAGAAGGAGGAGGAGGAAGAAGAAGAAGGGGAGAAUGCGGCGACAGUGACGAUGACGGAAAAUGAAGGGCAUGCUGUACAGGAUAAUCUACCUUUGGCAAUGGAUCAAGACGAAGAUUGUGCAGAAGUUCAGACUGCGGUUGCAAUGCCACUUCCAGGACCCACUGUAGAUAUGGCAUUGGAAUGGGUAUUUGUCUCUGAACGGGAUCCGAUCUGA